GACUUAAUAACCUAUAACUUGAUUAUAAUAUGUAAUACUUCCAAAAUAGUUCUUACUUGUUUACAACUAACGGGUAUGUUAGUAUUAAACUUUUAAAAAGUCUUUUUAAGAAAGUCUUUUUAAGUCUUUCAAAAUUUUACUUAAUUUCAUAAAAUGGCUGAUGAUCAGUCUUUACCUGGUUCCAACUUGGGUUUGAAAAUUACAGCUUCUGAACGGAACUUUAAUAGCCUUGAAGGUCAUGUAUGUGAAAAUACUUUAAAAGGUAUCACUGACAUGGGUUUUACAACCAUGACAGAAAUUCAAGCAAAGACAAUUCCUCCAUUAUUAGAGGGUAGAGAUUUAGUGGGUGCUGCCAAAACAGGUAGUGGAAAAACGUUAGCCUUUUUAAUUCCUGCAGUCGAACUUAUUUAUAAACUAAAAUUUAUGCCAAGAAAUGGUACUGGUGUUAUUAUAAUUUCACCAACUAGAGAACUCUCAAUGCAAACUUAUGGAGUUCUUAAAGAAUUAAUGAAACAUCAUCAUCAUACUUAUGGGCUAUUGAUGGGUGGUGCUAAUAGGCAAACAGAAGUUACAAAACUAUCUAAAGGUAUAAAUAUAGUUGUUGCUACACCGGGUCGGUUAUUAGAUCAUUUACAAAAUUCCCCAGAUUUCUUAUACAAAAAUCUUCAAUGUCUUAUUAUUGAUGAAGCUGAUCGUAUUUUGGAUAUUGGAUUCGAAGAAGAAAUAAAACAAAUUAUAAAUUUGCUCCCAAAGCGAAGGCAGACUAUGCUAUUUAGUGCAACAAAAACACCAAAAACUGAUGCAUUGACAACAUUUGCUUUAAAAAAAGAACCUAUUUAUGUUGGUGUUGAUGAUAGUAAAGAUGAAGCAACAGUUGAAGGUUUAGAACAAGGAUAUGUUGUAUGUCCCUCUGAGAAACGAUUUCUGUUGUUGUUCACAUUUUUAAAAAAAAAUAGAAACAAAAAAGUUAUGGUGUUCUUUAGUUCGUGUCUAGCAGUUAAAUAUUUCCAUGAAUUACUCAAUUAUAUAGAUUUACCUGUCAUGUGUAUUCAUGGUAAACAGAAACAAGAGAAACGCACAACUACUUUUUUUCAAUAUUGCAAUACUGAAACAGGUAUACUUCUUUGCACAGAUGUAGCUGCUCGAGGCUUAGAUAUUCCUUUAGUUGACUGGAUUGUCCAAUAUGAUCCACCUGAUGACCCAAAAGAAUAUAUUCAUCGUGUUGGCCGUACCGCUCGAGGUGAAGGUAGUAGUGGUCAUGCACUUCUUAUACUACGACCUGAAGAAUUAGGAUUUUUACAAUACUUAAAAAAAGCAAAAGUUCCUUUGAAUGAAUUUGAGUUUUCAUGGAAUAAGAUUUCCGAUAUUCAACUACAACUUGAAAAACUAGUAGCAAAAAAUUAUUUUUUACAUAUAUCUGCUAAAGAAGCAUUUAAAUCAUAUGUCCGUGCUUAUGAUUCUCAUCAUCUAAAACAAAUAUUUGAUGUUGGAACAUUAGAUAUUGUUAAAGUUGCUAAAUCAUUUGGUUUUUCAACUCCCCCUGCAGUUGAACUUAAUGCCAAAGCUAUAAGACCAAGAAAACGACAUGGUGGUGGUGGUUUGGGUAAAUUCAAUAAAUUGAAUAAACCUGACAAUAAAAAAGUAUAUAAAUUUGUUCAACCUCCGGAAAAAAAAAGGAAAAUUAAAAAAUGACACAUUUUUACUAAAUAAUUUUUUUUUUUUUUACUGUUAUUUAACUUUUGCAAUAUUAUUUUGAUUUAUGUUUGCUUAAAUAAAACUUUGAAAUAAUG